AAGCCUCUCAUCCGAACAGACACACGUCGGCGACGGCAGGCUGCGUUCAAUCGGCCACCCUCCAAGCAGCGCAUCCCGCAGCGCCUUAUUCCACUGCCAUGCCCAUCACAAUGCCACGCCCUUGCCGAUACCACCUAGAAGCUUCCGAGGCUUCCUGAAAGCUUCUACCGUUCUCCGCCCGCCACCAUGGCCACCGCCCUCGCUUCCGAGAGCGCCAUUCGCGCGGCGCGUCUGCUCGUCGUGCUGCUGCUCGCUUGCGCCGCGGGCCUUCUUUCCGACGCGCUCACCCGCGCCGUGCACCUGCCGCACCUCGCCGCCUCGCCCUCGCAGCAGCAGCUGGCGGCCGCGCCUGUCCGGCGGCGCGCUCUCGCGGCUGUGCCGCCGCCAGGCACCCGCCCUCCGCGCGGACCACGCCUGCCCUGCCGCCCCCCUUACCCACCCCAACCCUCACUCGUCACCCCCCUUGCCUGUCGCCGGCAGCGACAAGGCGCCGCUGCAGGCGCAAUGCAGGGAAGAACCAGCGCAGUGCAGCGAUAGUAGGGCUUCGCUUUUCUCCAU